CCGUGUCACCACUCUGGAGACAAAAUGAGUGCUGAUUAUUUUGGAUUCUCCUGGUUGCGCAGCGAUCAUCAGCAGAGAAGUAAAAAUGAUGUGGUUCUCAACAAUGCAGCGGAUAUAUCCGUUAUCGUGAUUUACUUUUUGGUUGUUCUCGCAGUGGGAGUAUGGGCUAUGGUUCGAACCAACCGAUCCACAGUGGGUGGAUUCUUCCUGGCUGGACGCAGCAUGGUGUGGUGGCCGAUUGGAGCAUCCCUUUUUGCUAGCAAUAUCGGCAGCGGCCAUUUUGUUGGCAUCGCCGGUACAGCUGCUGCGGGAGGGAUAGCCAUCGGUGGAUUUGAAUGGAAUGCGCUUGUCGUGGUGGUCAUUUUAGGAUGGCUCUUCGUUCCUAUCUAUAUCAAAGCCGGGGUGGUGACCAUGCCAGAGUAUUUGAAGAAAAGGUUUGGAGGCCAGCGCAUUCGUGUCUACCUCUCUGUGCUGUCCCUCUUCCUGUAUGUCUUCACCAAGAUCUCUGCAGACAUGUUCUCAGGGGCUAUCUUCAUCAACCUAGCAUUGGGACUCAACAUCUACCUGGCUGUCAUAUGUCUUCUACUGAUAACUGCUCUGUACACAGUCACAGGGGGCCUGGCCGCAGUCAUCUACACAGACACCCUACAGACCAUCAUCAUGGUGGUGGGAUCCUUCAUUCUCAUGGGCUUCGCAUUUAACGAGGUGGGGACCUACGACGACUUUCAGAGGCUCUACAUGCAGGCCGUGCCCAACAUCACCGGUAAUAUCAGCGCGGAGUGCUACGAGCCCCACGCCGACUCCUUCCACAUCUUCAGGGACGCCGUCACAGGAAACCCGCCAUGGCCAGGCCUGAUAUUUGGACUGACCAUCCAGGCCGUCUGGUACUGGUGCACGGAUCAGGUGAUUGUCCAGCGCUGCCUCUCGGCCAAGAACCUGUCCCACGUGAAGGCGGGCUGUAUCCUGUGUGGCUACCUGAAGCUCCUGCCCAUGUUCCUCAUGGUGUUCCCCGGCAUGAUCAGCAGGAUCCUCUACCCCAACGAGAUUGCGUGCGUGGAUCCCGAUGAAUGCCUGAAGUUCUGUGACGCCAGCGUGGGCUGCACCAACAUCGCCUACCCCAAGCUGGUGGUGGACCUCAUGCCCAACGGUCUGAGGGGUCUCAUGCUGUCGGUGAUGCUGGCGUCCCUGAUGAGCUCGCUGACCUCCAUCUUCAACAGUGCCAGCACCCUGUUCACCAUGGACAUCUACACCAAGUUCCGCCGCACCGCCUCUGAGAAGGAGCUCAUGCUCGCUGGCAGGGUGUUCAUGCUGGCCCUCAUUGGCGUGAGCAUCGCCUGGAUCCCCAUCGUCCAAUCGGCGCAGAGCGGCCAGCUGUUUGACUACAUCCAGUCCGUCACCAGCUACCUGACCCCGCCCAUCGCCGCCGUCUUCAUUCUCGCCGUCUUCUACAAGCGUGUCAACGAAACGGGUGCGUUCUAUGGCCUAAUGAUCGGCCUGGCCAUCGGCCUCUCCCGGAUGAUCGCCGAGUUCGCCUUCGGGACGGGAACCUGCGCCCAGCCCAGCGACUGUCCCGAAAUCAUCUGUGGCGUGCACUACCUCUACUUCUCCAUCAUCCUCUUUGUCAUCUCCUGCAUCCUCAUCGUGGGAAUCUCCCUGGCAACCAAGCCUAUCGACGACAAACACUUGUACCGGUUGUGCUGGAGUCUCAGAGACCGCACGGAGGAGCGGAUCGACCUGGAGGAAGAAGACUGGGUCGACAACCAGGACUCGGCCUCCAUGGAUGUGGAAGGGAAACAGUGA